CAUGGAUGGACACUUGGGUUGCCUCCACCUUUUAGCUAUUAUGAAUAAUGCCACUAUGAAUAUGGGUAUACAGAUAUCUUUUUGAGACCCUGCUUUCAGUGCUUUUGGGUGUGUAGCCAAAAGUGGCAUUGCUGGGGCAUUCACUGUUGAAAUUUGGAGCUGGGCGUGGAUGGCUCCCCACUGUCUCUCCUCUUCCGCAUCAGAGUAAGAGAGGUCCCUGGGACCUUGUGGAGCAGUUUGAAAACCAGUAGGUCAAAUGAACCAUUAGAGAUUUUGCCAUUUCUCCCCCUUCCUUCCCAGGAAGACUUCCCUCUUGAAUUGUUUUUUAAUUAUCCCUAGUGGAAACCACCCUUCAUUCAGCAAAUGUUUAUGAGUGCCUGCUGUGCUUCCACGUGGGCAGAGGGAGAUAUAAACAAUAAGCAAUAAACAUAAACAAGGAAAGGAUGUAGUGUGUCAGACAGCGAUGCGUGCUCUGGACCAAGCAGAGGAGCCAGUUAAAAGCGAUUGGGAUGAGAGGCUGGGGGCAGCAUGGCUUCCCUGAGCUGUGAGAUUUGAGCAAAGACUGGAAGGAGAUAAGGGAGUUGGUCAUGUGGUUAUCAGGGGAAGAGCACUUCCGGCAGAGGGAACAGCCAGUGCAAAGGCCUUGAGGUGGGAGCAUGCAUGGUGGGAUCCAGGAGCAGCAAGGAGGAUGGUGUGUCUGGAGCAGAAUGAGUGGAGGGGAGGGGAGGAGAAGGGUGCGCUACAUAUGGCCCGGGUGCCUUGAUGGUGACUGUGGGUGAGAAGGGAGUCACUGAAGGUUUGGAGCAGGGAAGGCACAUGAUCUGAUUCUAGUCUGAGGUGGAACUUUCUGGAUGCUGUGGGGUGGAUAGCUAGGGGUGAGGGCAGAAAGAGGCGGGAGACUGGUGAGGAGGCUCCUGCCAGAGAGAUGAUGGCAGCUUGUACGAGGAUGGGAGUCAGGGAGGAAGGGCGCAAUGAUAAAUGUGGACAAAACGUCCUGCAGCCUGGGCAUCCACCCCGAUAGCACACUGUUACCCUCCCUGCGCCAGCACCCCGCCCUUCCUCCAGGCCGCUGAAGUGAGGUUGGGAUGGGAACUUGCCCUCCAUGCCAACAUCCCUUUUUUUUCUUUUGGUCUGUAGUGGGAUUGUCCAAAACCCUCUGGGUUCUUCUAUGUUGGAACUGUUGCCAUGGAAACCUCCUGAGUUGCUGCAGUUACCACUGACCUCCAGUUUAACUUCCAGAUAGAGGGAAAUUUGCAUAUUUCUCCAAAGAACCUUCAAGAAGCUGGACGGCCUGUUUUCAGACUUAGAGGGGAAGCCCACGGUUGUUUCUUGAAAUCUGGGGCUGGAAAUGGCCACAGGGGACGGGUCGAGCCAGAGGCUGCCCCAGGUGGCCGAGCCAGGUGUGGAAGGGGAGCCACAUCUGCCCACAGGCCGGGAGCUGACCGAGACCAACCGUUUUGCCUAUGCCGCCCUCUGUGGCAUCUCCUUGUCCCAGCUCUUUCCAGAACCUGAGCAAAGAUCCUUCUGCACGGACUUUGUGGCUGGCCUGGUGAAGUGGCUGGACUUGUCCGAAGCUGUCUUGCCAACCAUGACUGCUUUUGCCAGCGGCCUGGGAGGCGAAGGAGCAGACACGUUUGCUCAGAUUUUAUUGAAGGACCCCAUCUUGAAGGACGACCCACUGGUGAUCACUCAGGACCUUCUGAGCUUCUCACUCAAGGAUGGACGCUAUGAUGCUCGGGCCCGAGUCCUCAUUUGCCACAUGACCUCCCUCCUCCAAGUGCCCUUGGAGGAGCUGGACCUCCUCGAAGAGACGUUCCUCGAGAGCCUGAAGGAAACCAAAGAGGAGGAAUCUGAAACGGCCGAGGCAUCCCGGAAGAAGAAAGAAAACCGGAGGAAGUGGAAGCGCUAUCUCCUGAUAGGCCUGGCGACGCUGGGAGGCGGGACAGUGAUCGGCGUGACCGGGGGUCUGGCUGCCCCUCUUGUUGCUGCCGGAGCCGCGACAAUCAUUGGCAGUGCCGGGGCAGCGGCUCUGGGCUCAGCGGCCGGCAUAGCUGUCAUGACCUCGCUGUUCGGUGCAGCUGGAGCUGGCCUGACAGGAUACAAGAUGAAGAAGCGUGUCGGGGCCAUUGAAGAGUUCACGUUUCUGCCUCUCACAGAAGGCAGGCAGCUACACAUCACCAUCGCCAUCACGGGAUGGCUGGCAUCUGGCAAAUACCGCACCUUCAGCGCCCCGUGGGCUGCCCUGGCCCACAGCCGUGAGCAGUACUGUCUGGCUUGGGAAGCCACGUACCUGAUGGAGCUUGGCAACGCCCUGGAGACCAUCCUCAGUGGUCUUGCCAACAUGGUGGCCCAGGAGGCCCUAAAAUACACAGUGUUGUCUGGCCUUGUGGCUGCCCUGACCUGGCCAGCCUCACUCCUCAGUGUUGCCAAUGUCAUCGACAACCCCUGGGGUGUGUGUCUCCAUCGAUCAGCAGAGGUUGGCAAGCACCUGGCCCACAUUCUACUCUCCCGGCAGCAGGGCCAGCGGCCUGUCACCUUGAUUGGCUUCAGCCUGGGAGCCAGAGUCAUCUACUUCUGUCUGCAAGAGAUGGCUCAGGAGAAAGAUUGCCAAGGGAUCAUCGAGGACGUUGUCCUGCUGGGCGCGCCCGUGGAGGGAGAAGCCAAGCACUGGGAGCCUUUCCGGAAGGUGGUAUCUGGAAGGAUCGUCAAUGGCUACUGCAGAACCGUAUAGGGGCCUCCCUCACACCCCGUAUUGGAUGCAUGUAAGUCUCACGAUUAGUUAAUAAAACAACUUGAGUCAGUCUCCUUUCUUCUCCCCUUAGCCAUCAUUCUGAGGGACAGUGUUUCUUGGGCCUUCAAUAUUAGGGUAACCAUUGCGACGUGCAAACAUUGCUCUCUGGCAGUUAGGGAAUUUUCUAGAAGAGAAGGCCUGUGGGUAGUGGAGAGUCAAGGUUGGCUUCUGAGAGGAGAGGGCCAUGGUCGGAUGAGAGUUGAAGACCCCAGUGGCUGGAGAGAGGUGAGGCCAGGAGCGAGGAGGAGGCCGUUCCUUUUGUCCGUGGGGGGCUGGGCGGGGAGUUGCCUGAUCUCAGGGCUGGAACAGAAGGGAUGGGUUUGGGGGGAGUGGGGAGUAGGGGCAGGUAGUACAAAUCUGCAGGAUUCCGUGAUAAGUUGGCCAUGGCGGGAAGGGAGGCCUAGGACAUGGCUUUGCUGGCUUCUGCUCGAGGGACCUGGUGGACGAUUCAGGGAAGGAGUCACAGACUGAUGCGCUCAGGGUGGGGCACAGCAGGAAGGUCUGUUGAGAGCCCCUCAGUUCUGGACCCCAGCCUUCUAGAGGCUUCCAGGGUGGUAACCACACAGGCACCCAUGCGGCCAGAGAUCCCAGAGGGUCAGGCCUGGAGAGCCCACAACACCCUGGGUCCCAGACUGCUUUGGGGCCUCGCCUGUGGGCACAGAGGGUCACGCGGGCAGGCUGGGUACUCCUGACCCUCAGCACAUUCCCCUGCACGCGCGGGGAGGGAGGGCCCUUCUUUCACACAAGUGCACAAAAACGAUGGGCUCAAAUGGCCCUGCAACCGGAGUUGGACUCAGUCUAAACAAAAGAUGCCCAGUGUGCUAAGUGGGGUCUCAGCCCUGGAGGCAGAGGGGGAACAGAGGCGUCCACGUGCAUGGACUUGCUGAGGGAGGGGCCCAGCUUCACCCCGGACAGGGCACAGGGGUUCGAGGGGCAAGGCUGUCCCGUGGACCCCACAGACCACGUCUCCCGUGGACAGUGCUCGGUGUACCUGAAGAAUCGGGCCACAGAGUGUCCGGGGUUAUCUCCUUGCCAGAGUGCAGGGUUUAUGUCUGGAUGGGGGCAGGGCGUGGUGUUCACAGCAGCCAUGAGAGUGGAGGAGUGUUCCAGGGCUGUGGCCUGCCUCGGGGGGCCGCACUCACCUCCUAGGUGGCUGAGGGCAGGGAGAGCUGCAGGCUGGGCCAGGCCUGUCUCAGAAAGCACAGCUGGUCCCUCCAGCUCAAAGAGAGAUGGGGGCCCAGACCCAGAGUUCCAAGCCACGGAGCAUGGUGGCCCCAGCUCCCUGUGAUCCUCUCCCCCCAGGCCCUGCUGCCUUUCUUUCGUCUCCCAGGGAGCCCUGGACCAGCCUCCACCCCCCACCCUGGGAACUGGAAACCCUCCCCAGCUGAGAGCAGCUCACCCAGCCACAUGCAGACUGUGGAGAACUUCAUCCAGCUUCCUCAGUCACUCACUCAACAGAUAUUCGUCUACUGCCCACCAGGCCAGCGCUGUUCUCUGCUCUGGGGGCCCAGCAGGAAGCAAAGCAGCCUCCCUGGAGCUGCCACGCCCUGGGCAAUGCUCCCGAAAUGCUAGUGGCUGCAGCUCCCACCAUCAUACACGGGUGCAGUGGGGCCCUGGUCUCCCACAGAAGCUCCCGUCCCACCAGGCUCCCCCGGGGCGAGGCAGGGCCCUCCGAGGCUGACGUCCGCCCUUCUCACUCCGUCCUCUCU